GGCGGAGUGGGGUAGUUUGUGAGGCGCACUCUGUGCGGGUCAGUUUGUGGACAUGGUGCUGAUGGGCUCGGGAUCGCGAUCUCUGCGGCUGCUGGCGCUGCUCCUGCUGCAGGCGGCCGGGCUCCGGGGUCUCUCCCCCGGGCAGCUGCUCCCUCACGGCGAGGACGCUGGGGACCAAGUGCUGAAGCCCGGGGACGAUGUCUCCUCCGAGGCAGUGAGGUUGGCGCAGCCUCUGCAUUUAUUCGAGAAGACAGUGAAGAACUUGUACGUGAACACAAAUGGAAUCAUAGCUAUCAGCAAGCCGCCAAAAGAGGUGGAUUAUGUCAGCACGUUCCCACCAAGGUUUGGAGCCGUUGCGCCAUUUCUGGCUGACCUGGACACUUCUGAUGGAGUGGGGAAGGUCUACUACAGGCAAGACUCCUCUCCACAAACCCUUCAACGUGUGGAAUGGAUGAUAAACCAGGGCUUCAGCAACCUAAACUUCCAACCUGUUAACACUUUCAUUGCCACCUGGGAGAACGUGAGUGCGCAUGUGGAACCUCGGCGAGGAGACCUGCCACUGAAUAAUGACGCUGGGACUAAGAGAAACACCUUCCAAGUAGUUUUGGCUUCUGAUGAAUCCAGUUCCUACGCUGUUCUUCUGUACCCUGAAGGUGGUUUGCAGUUUUACAGCACGCAACCCAAAACGCUUAAUAACAUUGGCUUGGAGCUACCAGCUCGAGUGGGCUUUAGCAGUGGAGAAAGGAGUUUCAUUCUCUUUACCCUGGAGGGCUCAUCCUAUGCUGUGACAUCUGGCAGCGAAGAAUCUGUUCAAAACCUUCACCAAGAUGAUAAUUCUGGAGAACGAGGAGUUUGGAUCUUCCAUCUGGGGAGUUACUCUAACCACACCAUCCUACCUGCCAGUGGUGGCACACUACGUCUCGAUGACCCCGUCCCAAACACUUUUAGUACUCAUUCAACUAUGGACCACCAGAAUUCUUUUCUGGAUAUAAUUGAGAAUGGCGCAGACCUGAAUUAUGAUUCCACUGAAGAAGAACAGAAAGUCAAAACCAUGGUAGCCUACAAGCCCACGUCGGAGCAGAAUCCAGAAGAGUCUCACAUUGUGGACCAAGUUCCAGUUGUGGCCGUGAACCCUGUCCAAUACCGCCGUCCACAAUAUCCCCAUCAUAGUGUUCUGUUGGAUACAGAUUUGGAUCUGGAAGUGACUGGAAAUGUUUUUACGUACAAUACAGAGAGGCAGCUGAGGUGCAGCAACAAUCAUCACGUCUGCUCCGCUCAUGGCCAAUGCAGAGACCACGCUGCGGGCUUCUGUUGCCGUUGCAAUCCUGGCUAUUAUGGCAAUGGCAAACAGUGCGUCUCAGAGGGGACCCCACAGCGUGUGAACGGGAAGGUGAAUGGAAAGAUCUUUGUGGGAACCAACCCGGUGCCUGUCCAGUUUGAGGACAUCGACCUUCAUUCGUAUGUGGUGGUUAACGAUGGGCGAUCGUACACGGCAAUAAGCAGAAUCCCCGCAGCCGUGGGAUGGUCGCUUUUACCACUGUCCUCAGUUGGAAGUAUAAUUGGAUGGAUGUUUGCUUUGGAGCAACCUGACUAUGAAAAUGGAUUCAGUAUUGUUGGUGGCGAAUUCACACGUCGGGCAGAGGUGACCUUCAACCCUGGUAAUGAGCAGCUGACUAUCAACCAACAGUUCGGCGGGAUCGAUGAGCAUAACCACCUCACGAUUACUACCACUAUAGAAGGACGGGUGCCUGAAAUUCCACAAGAAUCAACCGUGCACAUAGAGCCAUAUACUGAGCUGUACCACUACUCGAGCUCUGUAAUCAUGUCCUCUUCCAACAUCCAGUACAUGGUACAAUUUCCCGACCAGUCCUCGCAGAGCUAUUCCUUUCAGCUGAAGCAGACCAUCACUUUCCAGGGCUGUAACCACGACGAUGCUCAACCAGUGCCUGCCACUCAGCAACUCUCUGUGGAUCGCACCUUCGUCCUGUAUGAAAAAAAUGAGCAGGUAUUCCGAUACGCAAUGACCAACAAGAUUGGACCAGUCCAAGAUGUUGGGCCGGUGAAUGAGAACCCGUGCUACACUGGGACCCAUGGAUGCGACACCAAUGCAGCAUGCCGCCCUGGGCAGGGAAAUCGCUUCACUUGUGAAUGUUCUGCUGGCUUCUAUGGGGACGGCCAGACGUGCUAUGAUGUUGAUGAAUGCAGAGACAACCCAUCUAUUUGUGGUAACUAUGCCGUUUGCAACAAUCAGCCGGGGACUUUCCGAUGUGAAUGCUUCGCAGGCUAUCAGUUUGCAGAAGACGGUCGAACCUGCGUUGCUGUUCACCGUCCUGAAAAUCCCUGCCAGACUGGAACUCACGACUGUGAUUCACCUGAUCGUGCCCGUUGCAUUUUCGUCGGAGGGUCGGACUACAUGUGUGUCUGUUUAGCAGGAUUCUCUGGGGAUGGAAAAUCUUGUGACGAUAUUGAUGAGUGCCAGCCAGGUCGAUGUCAUCGAUACGCUCAGUGCUUUAACAUUCCUGGAUCUUUCAGUUGCCGGUGUGCCCCUGGUUAUCAAGGCGAUGGGUUCCAGUGUACACCCUUAGGCUCCCCGAAAACACAGUGUGAGCGCCACAGGGACAAUGCGUGGGGCAGCCCACUGCCCAGAGGACCGAGGCCUGUCGAACACUACGUCCCACAGUGCGAUGCUAAUGGCAACUAUCAGCCGGUACAAUGUCACCAAGCUCAACAAACCUGUUGGUGUGUCGAUGCAAAUGGUAAUGAAAUUGCAGGAACCAGGACUCUGGGAGGAGUUCGACCCACUUGCCUUGACUCAGUCACUCCUACAGUUAUUUUUGGGCCCACACCGAGACCAGAUGUCGUUCCGCUGCCCCCAGGCACGCAUCUUCUCUUUGCGCAAAAUGGGAAAAUAGAACAUAUCCCGGUGGAGGGGUUCAGCAUGAAGAAAAGCGAAGCAAAGACAUUACUCCACGUUCCCGACAAGGUGGUCAUUGGUCUUGCAUAUGACUGCGUAGACAAGAUGGUGUACUGGACUGACAUUGCCGGACGCACUAUCAGCCGGGCUAGUCUUCAAGGAGGAGAACCGACGACCAUCAUCGCACUAGAUCUCGAGAGCCCCGAAGGAAUAGCCGUUGACCACCUGGGCCGCAACAUCUUCUGGACGGACUCUGGGCUGAACAGGAUUGAAGUGGCUAAAAUGGAUGGUGACCAGAGGCGGGUGCUCUUUAAUGAUGACCUAGUAAACCCACGGGCAAUCGUUGCAGAUCCUGUCCACGGAAACCUGUACUGGACAGACUGGAACAGAGCCGCUCCCAAAAUUGAGACAUCUUACAUGGACGGAACAAACAGACGGGUUCUUGUGAAAGAUGAUCUGGGCCUGCCCAAUGGCCUGACCUAUGACCCCUAUGCUGCAGUCUUAUGCUGGGCUGAUGCAGGGACCCAGAGGUUAGAGUGUAUAAAUCCGAAUCGCACUGGUCGCAAGAGGAUCCUUCAGGGUAUCCAGUACCCCUUCGGAAUUACCAGUUACGGCAGAUACCUGUACUACACGGACUGGAGGAGGGACGCUGUCGUAGCUGUGGACCGUGCUAUCGGACGAGAGACUGAUGAACAAAAGGCAACUAGACGAUCACGUCUCUAUGGAAUAACCACGGCAUACUCACAGUGUCCCCCAGGGCAGAACCACUGCGCUGUAAACAAUGGAGGCUGCACUCAUCUAUGCCUGGCAACACCCGAGAGAAGGUCCUGCAGUUGUCCUGAUACCGUGACAUCCGUCAGCUGCCUGGAGUCAAACUAACAGCUGAGUGUUUCAGCGAGUUCUCAUUACUGUUAAGAGUCAAAGCUCUUCCUCAGAAGCCAAACUCUGCCGUGAAAAUUUUAAAAUACCAUUUUAAAAAUAUGUUUUGUCUUUUUUAAUUACUUUUUUAUUUGGAUGUUAAUUCACUUUUUUAUAAAAUUACAACUGUAAAUAUGUUUUCUUACAGUUCACUAAAUUGUAUUCCGAGUGAUAUUUAGUUUAAACUGUAUGCUGCUUCACUGUACUGUCACUUCGCCGUGAAUGAAGCCAACACAUCAGGUAUUAUGUUAUGCUCUGUGAAGCUUUUCAAAAUAUAGCCAACAAAAUAAAAUCCAACCUUUUUUUGUA